AUAUUAAUCCAUUGGAAGCACAGACUGUAGUCUUGUAUAUCACUGUGGUUUGUGUUGUGACUUUUUACAUGCGAACAGAAAUUAUCCUAGAGCAUGGACACCAGUAAAAAGACAGAACCCCCUUUAUCCGUAGAAAUGGUACAGCAAAGGGCCAAUCCUGAUCGUAGUCCUUCAGCAUCAAUUUAUGUUCCAGAACAAGGCGGCUACAAAGAAAAAUUUGUAAAUGCAGUGGAGGAUAAGUAUAAAUGUGAAAAAUGUCAUCUCAUUUUAUGCAAUCCUAAACAGACUGAGUGUGGACACAGAUACUGUGAGACCUGCAUGAAUGCCUUGUUAAGUUCAUCUAGUCCAAAAUGUACAGCGUGUCAAGAAAGCAUAGUAAAAGAUAAGGUAUUUAAGGAUAAUUGUUGCAGGAGAGAAUUACUUGCCCUUCAGAUAUAUUGCAGAAAUGAAAAUAAGGGCUGUAAAGAACAACUAUCUUUGGGUCAAUUACUGACGCAUUUAAAAACUGACUGUCAGUUUGAAGAACUUCCGUGUCCUCGUGCUGAUUGCAAAGAAAAAAUACUGAGAAAAGACUUGCCAGACCAUGUAGAAAAGACCUGUAAAUACCGGGAAACAACUUGUAAAUACUGUAAAAGCCAAGUCCCAAUGAUUACCCUGCAGAAACAUGAAGAUGCAGACUGCCCAUGUGUCAUGGUUUCGUGUCCUCAUAAAUGUAGUGUUAAAACACUCAUGAGGAGCGAGUUGAAUGCACAUUUGUCAGAAUGUAUUAAUGCCCCAAGUACCUGUAGUUUUAAGCGUUAUGGCUGCACUUUUCAGGGAACAAACCAACAAAUUAAAGCACAUGAAGCCAGCUCAGCAGUGCAGCAUGUUAACUUAUUGAAAGAGUGGAGCAAUGCUCUAGAAAAUAAGGUGGCCUUGCUCCAGAAUGAAAGUUUGGAAAAGAACAAGAGUAUACAAACUUUACAUAAUCAGAUUUGUAGCUUUGAAAUAGAAAUUGAAAGACAGAAGGAAAUGCUGCGGAAUAAUGAAUCUAAAAUACUUCAUUUACAGCGAGUGAUAGACAGUCAAGCAGAGAAACUGAAAGAACUGGACAAAGAAAUCCGCCCCUUCCGACAGAACUGGGAGGAGGCUGACAGCAUGAAGAGCAGUGUAGAAUCCCUCCAGAACAGAGUGACUGAGCUGGAAAGCGUUGAUAAAACUGCAGGGCAAGGAGCUCGAAACACAAGCCUGCUAGAGACCCAGCUGAGCAGACAUGAUCAGAUGCUGAGUGUUCAUGAUAUUAGGCUGGCUGACAUGGACCUUCGAUUCCAAGUUUUAGAAACAGCCAGUUACAACGGAGUAUUAAUUUGGAAAAUACGAGAUUAUAAACGUCGGAAGCAAGAGGCAGUCAUGGGGAAGACUCUGUCCUUGUACAGCCAGCCCUUUUAUACUGGAUACUUUGGAUACAAGAUGUGUGCCAGAGUUUACCUUAAUGGAGAUGGCAUGGGAAAAGGGACGCACUUGUCACUGUUUUUUGUCAUAAUGCGUGGAGAAUAUGAUGCAUUGCUUCCUUGGCCAUUUAAACAGAAAGUGACUCUUAUGCUAAUGGAUCAGGGACCGUCUCGACGCCACUUAGGAGAUGCCUUCAAGCCAGAUCCAAACAGCAGCAGUUUCAAGAAGCCAACUGGAGAAAUGAACAUUGCAUCUGGCUGUCCAGUCUUUGUGGCUCAAACUGUUCUAGAGAAUGGAACGUAUAUUAAAGAUGAUACUAUUUUUAUUAAAGUCAUAGUGGAUACAUCGGAUCUACCAGACCCCUGACAUACAAUGGGGGAGGCAGAUUAAGCAGAAGACAACUCCGUUUGGGGGUUUUAUAUCAGUUUGUCUUCAAUCAGAGGUUUUAAAGCUCACAGAACCACCUUGUGGAACAGAAGGAAGAGUUUGAAGGCAUAACUGCAUAGGGUCCAAUUGCGAAAGUAGCAACACAUUAAGAAAUCAUACCAUGGUAUAUUUUUUAAUAGAACUAGAAACACUUAAGCUCUGAAGAAUCAUUUAUCCCUCAUGAGGAUAAUGAUUAUGGUCAGAGGGGAUUUUUUUUUAACUUAUUAAUGAUCAAUAGUCAAUUGGAGGUGAAAAGACAUAUACAGUAUGUGCUGAAUAAAUUACUGACUCUUAUUCCUUUAAGCUAGAAUUAAAAACAAAGAAGUUCACAUGUGGGCUAGCUGGAAAUUGUCAGCAUGUUAAAAGAAGAAAUGAUGAAGUAAUGUUGCA